UUGUACACAUUACCCUACCCUUACCAGCACACCAUUUCCUUUGUCUGCGUGCAGCAACCUCUCCUCCAUAAAUUUUUUGAAUCGGAAAAUGAACGGGUAUUCCAAGAUUAGCAGUGGCACUACCCACAAAUCAAGAUCCAUGGAUUUUUCAGAUUCUGUCUCAUUUCCUCAAACCCCAAAAGCAAGCAGGAACACUGCCCCAAGCACGGCCAAACCCGAGGAACCCAACGAGCAGGUGAAGAAGAGCGAGAGGGAAUUAGAAGAAGGUGGGAAUGGAGAGAGAUUUGGAGUGAUACUGGGUAGGAGUGGUUCGGUUUCUUCGGCAUCGGGGUUUCAGGCUACAAUGAAGAGGGCGUUUUCAAUGAGAAGAUCUUCAUCAGUUUCAGAGAGGUACUGUAGGAUCCAUGACCAGUACAUGGCUAUUGAAGAUCAUGAAAUGGAUGCUGACGUAACGAGAGCAAGAAGAUCCAUGAAGAAGAAGCAAAAGGGAGGCAAGAUCCUAAAAGCCUGUAAGCGCUUCCUUGGACUGUAGUCCUCUUUUUAGUUAUUAUAUUCAGUAAUAAUGAGAGUAGAAUCUGCUUUACAGUUUUCUUGAGCCAACUCC